AUGUCGCUUUCCAAAGUCAAGCACAUUGUGCUGGUCUUGUCAGGCAAAGGCGGCGUCGGAAAGUCUUCCGUGACGACUCAGCUUGCCCUGUCCCUUUCACUAGCCGGGCAUUCGGUUGGCGUUCUUGAUGUCGAUCUGACGGGCCCUUCAAUCCCCCGCAUGCUGUCCAUUGAGGCCGAGAAAGUGAAACAAGCCCCUGGAGGCUGGCUUCCUGUGCCGGUCCACGAUGCCGUCGAAGAAAAGGGCAUCGGCUCGUUUCACGCCAUGAGUCUCGGUUUCCUCCUACCCAGGCGAGGCGACGCCGUUGUCUGGCGUGGACCCAAGAAGACGGCCAUGGUCCGGCAAUUCCUCUCCGACGUGUUGUGGGACGAAACCGACUACCUCCUCAUCGACACGCCCCCGGGCACCAGCGAUGAGCACAUUUCCCUGGCCGAGACGCUUCUCCGCGAUGCCCGCCCAGGGCAGGUGGCCGGCGCGGUUGUUGUCACGACGCCCCAAGCGGUGGCGACAGCGGAUGUCAAGAAGGAGCUCAACUUUUGUGUCAAGACUGGACUCAAGGUACUUGGCGUCGUCGAGAACAUGAGCGGCUUCGUCUGCCCGCAUUGCUCCGAGUGCACCAACAUCUUCAGCUCCGGCGGCGGCGCCGUCAUGGCUCAGGAGUUUGGCGUGCCUUUCCUUGGCACCGUCCCCAUCGACCCUCAGUUUGGCGAGCUGGUCGAGUCCGGCAGGAGACCCGUGUACCCCCAGGGAACCCAAGUUCAUGGUCACGACAUUGGCAAGACCGAAACCGAGGGGGAAACCAAGGGCGACACACUCGUUGAGAAAUACCAGGACUGCUCGCUGUCUCGCAUCUUCAGCGACAUUACAGCAAAUCUGACGACCACUAUCGAAACCCAAGCUCAAAACCAGUCAUGA